UGCAUUAAUUAAUUAACCAUGGCAGCCAUAUUGUUUGGAGCUCGAAGCACCAUACUCAAGACCAAUGUCACCAAGUCCCUCCCCCCUCUCCGUCCUAAGGCCAACAAGCUCUGUUUCCCAGCUGCCUCCAAAUCCUCCAAGGCCAGGGAUGGUGGCACUUCCUCGUCUUCGGAUGAUGAGAGAGAGUUAAGAGACAAGACGAAGGAAGCAGCAGAGAGGACCAAAGAGAAGGCUAAAGAAGGAGUUCAGAAAGCUGAGGAAACGUCCGAAAUGGCCAAAGAGAACACCAGAGAGAAGCUGGACAAGGCCAAGGAGGGAACAAAGUCCAUGGGAGAGAAGGCCGAGGAGAAGGUAAAAGAAGGAGCGAAGAAGGCCCAAGAAGGAGCAGAGACUGCCAAGGAGAAGACCAAAGAAGGAACGAGCAAGGUGACCGAGACUGCCCAGAACUUGGGAGAGAAGGCCAAGCAGACUGUGCAAGGAGCUUGGGGAGCAGCCAAGGAAACCACGCACAAGAUCAAGGAGACGGUGGUGGGGAAGGCGGAGGAUGAUCUUAAUGCUGCUGCUGCUGCUGAUGCAAAGAGGGAGGCUGAUCUCAAGGCUGAGGCUAAGAGACGCGCCAGAGAGGCCACUACUAAGGAUGAUUUCUGAGUUUUUUUUUCCCCACUUUUUUACAAUAAUCUUUUCCUUGAAAUGCCUAAAGCACUGUGCCGCUAAUAUGUUAUCAUUUACCCCAAAAAUAUAUAUCAAUAUAUAUAUAUAUAUAUAUAUGGCUAAACAUCAU